AUGAAACAUGCAGCCCACGAGGCCAAUAUCAAGGCAAGUGAUGGAUUAUCACCAAGUAAAUCAAGGGAACUAUAUGCAGAAGUUAGAACUUUGAAGGAAAUUCUUACUAACAAACAAGAAGAAUUAAAGAAAAAAGAUAGUAAUAUCAAGUCUUUGAAGUUGGAGCUCGAAAAAGCGAAAAAAUGUGAGCUCAAGUUACUAGAAAAAGAUGCUAGUUUAGGUAAAGUGAAAGAGGAAUUUAGUCACGUAAAAGCAUUCAAGAUUCGUGUGACGGAUUGGUUAUCUGAUUUUAGAAGAAGCGUUCAAGAAUUAGAAGAUGAAUUAGAGAACAGGAUGUUAUCAGAGUCCAGAAUAUUUGAUGCUUGGUUGUCAAAGACUAAGCAGUUUCUUAAUCAUUCUUGCAGUGGGGAGAUUUCCAAUUCGAUAGAGAAGGAAAUAAAAAACCUCAAAUCUGAACUCGAAUUGGCAAAAGAGAAUGAGAAGAUUGCAUCAUCAAAGGCGAAGGCUUUGAAUGAUAAAAUGAAGUUGGCAAAUGAGGCCGAAGAAAAUAGCAGAAAGGAGGUUGCAACCAUGAAAGAAAUGAUCAAAAGCAUUAUGGCAAGAAAUAAAAUGUUCUUGGAUGAAGCGAAAAAAAAAAAAUUAUAUAGGAACACAACAGAGAGAUUGAAAUUACAGGCAGAGGAGUCACUAUUGGCUUGGAAUGAGAGAGAACUGAGCUUCAUCGCGUGUAUAAAAGAACUUCAAGAAGAACGAGAUCUUGCUCUACACGAGGUUACUUAG